CAGGAUUGACAUCAUGGCGUCUUGCGCUGUUCAGCUGAUUGACAAAGUGACGAGGAGGAAGGGGGAGAAAAAGAAAUUUGAAGCAAACAUUUUGAAGGGCCCUUGUAUAAAACACCCUUUACAAAACAGAUGGGGUCUUUGGUUCUACAAGCACGAUAAGAGCAAAAUGUGGCAAGACAAUCUAAGGCUCAUCACCAGGUUCGACACAGUUGAGGACUUCUGGGCAUUAUACAACAACAUACAGCUGCCAAGCAAACUGUCCUCUGGCUGUGACUACUCCAUGUUCAAGGAUGGCAUCGAGCCCAUGUGGGAAGACAGAAGUAAUAAAUGUGGCGGCCGCUGGUUGAUUACUCUCGCCAAGCAGCAUAGACACACUGAACUUGACCGGUUCUGGCUGGAAACGAUGUUGUGUCUUAUUGGAGAAGGCUUUGGCUCCUUCAGUCGGGAUAUCUGUGGAAGUGUAAUCAAUAUCCGUGCCAAAGGGGACAAAAUCGCCAUCUGGACCUCCAAUGCUGAGAACAGUGAGACCGUUACAUACAUUGGUCAAAAGUAUAAAGAAAGUCUUGGACUCCCGCCGAAACUUGUCAUUGGAUAUCAAGCCCAUGCAGACACUGCAACCAAGAGCAACUCCAUAACCAAAAACAAGUUUGUUGUAUAAAAGUAGGCUUUAGUUUGAUCCUGUUGCAGGGGCCUAGAUGUUUAUAUUGGUGUACGAUUAGUAUUCUUGUAUUCAGAUGUUUUUGUUACUUUGUGUGGGUGUAACUUGUGGCAUUUAAAUUCACAUUGAUAAGAUGCAAGACUUUGUAAAUGUUUUAGUUGUACUUUUUUGUGGUGUUGAAGGGCUAUAAAAUGCCAAGACUUUAUUUAGUUUAUUUUUUUGAAAAUUAAAACGAUCUACUUUUGCAAAUGUUUCUAUGGCUGGAUGCAUGUGUGCAAAGAAAAUGGUUUGGCUUUCCUUUUAAGUUAAAAAAAAGUCUGCAAAAUAUGCUGCACUGCUCAUUUCAAAGAAGUUUGGAUGGAUGGAGAUCAGGUUUUUUUUAUUGUUAACCUUUAUUUAACCAGGUUGUUCAUUGAGAUGUAAAACCUCUUUUCCAAGAGAGACCUGGACAUGUGUGAUUUAUUGGAAACCAGGACCAACCCUUUGGUCUAUUGAGUUUACUAUAUCAAUAAGGUGAUUUUUGAAAGUUAUCAGCGUGUUGGUGUUAUCAAAGUUGCUUAUUUGGUUAGUUACCUGGAGUGUAGAAGCUAAGCUUUCAUUAACACUUUAUA